UUUGAAGAACAAUUUCUGAAAACUCAGGAUGACCUGGCAAGGUUAAGAAAUGAUGGCAGUUUGAUGUUCCAGCAAGUGCCCAUGGUAGAGAUUGAUGGAAUGAAGUUGGUGCAGACAAGAGCCAUUCUCAACUACAUUGCCUCCAAAUACAACCUCUAUGGAAAGGACAUGAAGGAGAGAGCCUUCAUUGACAUGUACACAGAAGGUGUGGCAGAUCUGGAUGAAAUAGUUCUCCAUUACCCUUACAUUCCUCCUGAGGAGAAAGAGGCAAGCCUUGCCAAGAUCAAAGACAAAGCAAGGAACCGUUACUUCCCUGCCUAUGAAAAGGUGUUGAAGAGCCAUGGACAAGAUUAUCUUGUUGGCAACAGGCUGAGCAGGGCUGAUGUUUACCUGGUUGAACUUCUCUACCAUGUGGAAGAGCUGGACCCGGGUGUUGUGGACAACUUCCCUCUACUAAAGGCCCUGAGAACCAGAGUCAGCAACCUCCCCACAGUCAAGAAGUUUCUUCAGCCUGGGAGCCAGAGGAAGCCUUUCGACGAUGAGAAAUGUGUGGAAUUAGCAAAAAAGAUUUUCAGUUAAUUCAGGCAGCUGUGGAUACACACACAAAGCCAGUCUUCUAGAGCUUUGCCACAAUGAAGUGUUUUGACUAAAUGUUGACCUUUCUUACUGGGAGGCUAACAAGUUUUCUGAGGCUGCUGUGUUAAUUCAUACAGACAUGACUGAGGAGGAAUUGCUGGGAUGUUAUAUGGUCAUAGUCAAAAUUGAAAUCGUGAUCACUUCCUCAGAUAAUACUUCGAAUUUCAAUAAAAACUGAACAAGCUUCUUAGA